CCCGUCGGGGAAGCUGCUCCUCGGCUGCCGCGCGCCCCGGGCAGAGGCGGCUCCGAGCCGGCAGCAGGAUCCCGGCGCCUCUGCCUUGCGAAGUCAUAAUCUACAUCUACGUGAAAAAUGGCUUUUAGAAAUCUUACCUCAAAAGCUGCACUGAUUUAUGGUGAAUGGAUGAAAGAUGCUGAUCCAAGAGUGGAAGGCUUGCCCCUCAUGUCUUCACCUGUGCCACAGGCUGUUAUCAUUGGAGCAUAUAUUUAUUUUGUCACUUCUUUGGGGCCAAAACUCAUGGAAAACAGAAAACCUUUUGAACUUAGGCAAACAAUGGCAUUUUACAAUUUUGCUGUGGUAGCCCUAUCACUCUAUAUGACUUAUGAAUUUCUUAUGUCUGGCUGGGCCACAGGUUAUUCAUUUCGUUGUGACAUUGUCGACUAUUCCAGGUCACCAACAGCUCUAAGAAUGGUUCAGACUUGUUGGCUUUACUACUUUUCCAAAUUCAUUGAAUUACUAGACACUGUCUUUUUUGUUCUGCGUAAGAAAAACAGCCAAGUUUCUUUCUUGCAUGUCUUGCAUCAUUCCAUCAUGCCAUGGACCUGGUGGUUUGGAGUCAAAUUUGCUCCAGGUGGCUUAGGAACAUUCCACGCUCUUGUGAACUGUAUUGUACAUGUUAUCAUGUAUACCUACUAUGGACUUUGCGCACUGGGACCUGCCUAUUAUAAAUACUUGUGGUGGAAAAAGUACAUGACAAGUAUACAGCUUGUCCAGUUUAUUAUAAUUACAGUUCACAUAGGACAAAUAUAUUUUAUGGAUGAUUGUCAAUACCAGUUUCCAGUUUUCAUGUUUAUUAUUUGGGCAUAUGGCUUUAUGUUUUUAAUCCUGUUUCUCCACUUCUGGUAUCAUGCUUACACCAAGGGCAAACGGCUACCAAAGGCUCUGAAAAAUGGGAUCAACAAAAGCAAAGAUCAGUAAAGCAAUCCUUCACCUGCACAAAUGUGUUCAUCUUAAAUUAGUAACAAACUACUUGACAAUCAAGAUUUUGACACGCACACUACACUGUAAGUUUUGUAUGUCUCCCGUUCCUCUCUCCCCCAACUCCAAAACAAAGAACUUGUAUUUUUACAAUAAGUUAUUUGGGUUUCUAAAGCUGACAGAGAGAGGAUAAUAAUUUGAUCAAAGGCUUACAUUUUUUUCCAGCAGCUUGCAUAUAUUUACAGACACUUUUUUUCUCUCUCUCUCUCUCUCUCUCUCUACCUAGAAGAAAUGAAUAUUUAACGACACUCUUAUACAUGAGAGAUGCAUACAAAUAGACAGAUCUUCAUUAGGGGAAAAAAUGUAUAAGUAUAGAGUACUUUGAGCACUAAGAGGAGAAUUUUUCUUUUUAACUGGCAAGCUGUUGAGACUGUAAACUGCAUUUUAAUAAUCUUUAUGAAAAGAUUCACUACUAACUUAUAGAAUCUAAAACUCCAUUGUUUAAUAUACUUAAUACAUGUAAACAUUGAUUUAUGUUUAUAUAAACUGUACUAUAUUAAAGAAUGUAACUUCUGUAAA